AUCGAAGCCAACGUGUCAUAUUUUCUGGAAAAUGAAAAUUAACCAUUGGAGAAUCCCUUUUUUAUCUAAAUUUUUAAUUGAUAAUUCAAUUAUUUAAUUGAUUUGCCAACUUUGGAAAUUUGAAUAAUAAAGGAAUUUUUUAAUUAUAUAAGUCGCUUACGAAGAAUCAAAUGUCAGAGUUUACAUUUCUGAACCUUCUAAACAUUCAAAUUUUUAUCUAAAAUAUUUCCCAAUAUCAUUAAUUUCCACGAUAUUCGAGUGUAUCAUUUUAAAUAGGACAUUCCAUUCUUCUUCUUCUUCGUCUUCAUUCCAAUACUUCUUUACCAUCGUUAUGUAAUAUAUUACCAACGUAAUAUAUCUCACCAGGAAUAACGAAUAAUUUCUAAAAUUUCACCGUACAUUCACACUAGUGACUCAUAGAAUUCCGCUAACAAUUCGUACAAAUGGGCCAAUUUCAACGUGACAAAAGAUAAAAAUACACGAAAACAAGAAUCGAAUUUAAGGUAUGUAUAUAUUUCGUUUCUCAUCGCUUAUAAAUCCGUUAUAAAUAUCGAACGAUUUAGUAACUUUUUACAAUUUCACCAUAUGAUAAAAUACUUCGUAAAACUAGUAACUCACGGAUUGGCCCAUAAAAUUUCACCAAAUGAGCCGUGCCAAUUUCAACUCGAUCGAGAGAAAACGAUUCAAUUUCAAUUUGAUAAGAAAUAGAAAUGCGGAAAUUGGCCGAGUUUAAGGGCCGUGCACGAUAGGUGCACGGAAUCGAAGGCCAAUCAGGUGUGUAUAUUUUCGUUUCUCUUCGCCUAUAACCCGUGUCGCAGAUCUGGCAGCCCUGACACGCGUACGCCACCGGCUGAAAACCAUUUAUCGUAGCAGGAAGCGCAGCUUUGAACCCGCGUUAAGCUUCUCGAACUGUUUUUGGACCGCGGUGUUGCCGAUAUACCUCCUCCUCCAAACCCUCCUCGGCCAGAUCUCCCUGUUAAUUCUCGUGUGUCCUGACAACCGCGCCAUCUACAGAAAUAAAAUGAAUAAAUUUGGUAACACCCGAUACCACUUCUGGUUCACGCUCCGUACGAUUAACAUCUUGGCCAGACUAGACUAGAAACAUGGCAGAUCUCAGCGCCAAGGAAGUCGAAAAGGCAGAAUUCGCCUUCUCCAUUUAUGAUGCCGAUGGCACCAACGUCAUCGAUGCCACUGACCUUGGUAACGUCCUUCGUGCCCUGAAUCUGAAUCCUACAAACGCCACUAUCGAGAAACUUGGAGGAACGAAAAAGAAGGGUGAAAAAUUGAUGAAGCUCGACGAAUUUUUACCAAUCUACAGCCAGUGCAAAAAGGACAAGGAUCAGGGAUGCUACGAGGACUUUGUGGAGUGUUUGAAAUUAUACGACAAACAGGAGAAUGGAACUAUGCUUGGCGCUGAAUUGUCACAUACACUGCUUGCACUUGGUGAGAAAUUGACCGACGCAGAGGUAGAAGAAGUGUUGAAGGAUUGUAUGGACCCAGAAGACGAGGAUGGUUUUAUCCCAUAUACCCGUAAGUAUCGAUCCAUUCCAAGGAAAACAUGCAUCUCGCGAAAUAGAGGAAGAAACAAAGCGUGUUACACGAGCUGCAUCAGUGAGUCACAUUAAUGUAGAGCAUUGCUAGAUUAAAGAGGAGCAGCAGCGAGCAAUAAAAAUACACGGCAUGUCUGAAAAAUAAUGGAACUGACAACGUGUGCAAAAAUUCAAACGUUCGUAAUAUUCAUCAAAAAUCGUUCAUUUCGUUCGAUUCAUUAUUCUUUUGGCACCAUUCAAUCAUUGAACCAUUCAAGAAAUUUCUAAAAGUCUGAUAAAAAUUUUUAAAUUGAUUGAAAUAUUUCUUUUCAUUUAUAUUUUUAGUUUUUGGAAUUAUUGUACGAUGCUGAUUUAAAUAUAUUUAUUACAUAGAAAAAUACAUUAAGUUAAUAGGAGAAAUGCAUUAAGAGAAAAUAAAUUAAUUUUAUAAUAUUAUGAUAUAAUAUUCAUUCCAUGUUUGAACAAUCAAAUUUGAAUGACGAAUCUCGAAUAAUCGAUGUUCUAUCGUGAAUCGAAUACAAGUACAUUAUUAUCUUAAUUAAAAAUCCAAAAGUCUUUCAGUCGAAAUAAAAUAUUGAUUUAUUAUUUCUUACUGGAUUUUAAAUAUUAAAUUAAAUAAAUUUUCUUAUGAAAUUAAUUAUUUAAGUUAAACAAUAUUUCUUUUUCCACAUUUUUUAAUCGUUAUUUAAAUUUUUCUAUAUCUCAAUAAUCGUAUAAUUAUCAAACAAAGCAUUAUUGCAACGAGAUAUAUUUUUAAAAUACCAUCAUUUCGAUCAUUAUAACAAUACAGUUUUCCAUUUAUGAAAAAUACGAAAUAUACGAAGACAUAACCUAGAAAAUUUCAUGAGCAUUAUAGAUAGAUGGCGCUUCGAAGCUUAAAAAGAAAAUUACUUUUCAGACAUACUGUUCAUGCAUUUUGUCAGCAAUUCGUUCAACCAGUAGACCUUGAUGUUACAGUAGAAAGUGUAAACAAACGAUUGUCCCCCCCUUUUCUUCCCCCGCCCCGCCCCCUUUGUACGGUGUUCAGCAGCUUAGUCCCGUAGAGUAUAUACUUUUAUACAGCCGGCCAAAAUGCCCAGGAAAUCGGAGGACUCGAUCGGACCCCAAUUCACCCCUCUCCCCUAUCAUUUAACAUUUCCACGUGUUUUGUGUUCUACAGCAUUCUUGAAGAAGAUGAUGGUGCUAUUGUAAGCAAACAGGAUGUCAGUGUCACAAAGAUCGUCCUUCGUAAGUAACAUCCUGUAGUGUACACUUCCUAUAUGCUUCUCUCUCUCUCUCUCUCUUUCUUUUUCUCUGUCUCUUUUCUCCUUAUUCUUUCAUUCUUUCUUCUCUUCUUUGACACUGUUUUUGCCUUUAUAUAUGUUUACACAAAUAUUAACACAAAUAUUCUCUUCGUUUUCUGUUUCAUCACUCACAUGUCACAGUUUAUAGGACGCAACGAAUCUACGUGGCAGGGAUGCUGAAAUCGAUAACCUGCUUCUCGUAGCAACACGUAUACAAAAGCUUAAGAUAUAUUCAUGCACGAGAUCCGUGACUCGAGAGUGUCGUUGACGGUUUCAGAAAACGAUCGUCGACUUUAAUCGUUUUUCUGAAGUUGUUCGUCGAUUAUGAGAAUAAAAAUUGCUGUCGUGUCGUUUCUUUUUUUUUUUUUUUAAUCGUCUUGGUAAAUUAAUAUUUUUUGAUUGAUUCCUUUAGAAACAUUGGAAAGAUUGAAAUUCUUCGAAAUUUUUUGCAAUUUUUGAAUUUUGAAAUUCUUUUUUUAUUUAAUCGAUGAUAGUUUGAAGUCAUUAUAAUUGGUUUAAGAAUUUAUCCAUUCAUGUUAUAGUUUAAAUAAAAUAUGAGAAUUUAAUUUUUUAAAAAAUCGAUUGGUUAUUUUCAUUAAAAAUUGACGAUUUAAAUCUCAAUUUGAAGAAAUCAAAAUUUGUUUAGAUGUUACAAGAAAAAUGAGAAAAAUUUCGAUUCAUUAGGAUUUCAAAAUUUCAUACAAAAUCGAUGGUUUAAUUUUUUUUUCUCAAUAAUCAAAAACUUUUGUUGUAUUAUCAUAUAUAAAUUAAUUAAAUACAUAAUGUCUUUUUUCUUUGAUUAUAAAUAAAAAUUAAAAUUGAUUACAAUUUAAAAUUAUAGAAACUAAUAAUUGCAAUAAAUAGAUUUCAUAAUUUGGUAUAUAAUAAUAAAAUAUAGAUAUAUUUAAAUAAAUUUCGAAUUUAUUAUACAUAUUGUUACAGAAUCAUAUUUAAUAUUUAAAUAAUUUUUUAUAUAUUCAUGUCACGGAUUUCAAAAACAUAAAAAGAAAAACAAUUUAAAUCAUGCGUUUCUUUAUAAUAACAUUAUUACAAUAUAUAUAUUAAUUAUCUACAUUAUUUCUAAAAAUAAAAGUAUUUAUUUCCAAUUUGAAUUAGAUGCUUUUCAUUAAUGAACGAUGAAAUCCUCAAAUGUAUAUUAUUUUCGCAAUAUAUCCGAAUUUUACGAAUCUACUACAGAACUUAUAUCAAGCUUAAUAUUUUCUUGAAAAUGGAACCACAAAGUGCAAUACAAAUGUAUAUAGUUUAAUAUGACAUCACGAUUUUGCACAACAACCCUUACGUCAAUAGCCAAAAAUAAUAGAUAUUAUUAAAUUUUCUCAAUUUAAUAAUUUUCUAAUAAUACAGAAUUUACAUUCUUACAGGAAUUUUUGACAAAAUUCAAAAUAGAAUCGUUCCUUCCUUUUCGUGUGAUUUUAAUUAACUAAAAAGUUAAUCAAAAAAGCUAAUCGAAGAUUGACACGAGGGUUAAACUAUGGCUUGUACUAUAUUCAGCUUAUAUUCGUGUAUUAUAGCACCAAGUUCGAUGGCAACGAACGUGUAUAUAUGUACAUAUAUUUUCUGCUCUUCUCGGACAGCAGCGUGUUAAUAUAGUUCUUUUUUCGUUUCUAGCGUUCCUUCGUAGAUUAUGCGAAAGAGAAGAGGACUAGUGAAGCAACAACACUUCAAUCAUAACGUUGGUACUCGCCCAUCGGCAGUCUCCACCUCAAGAAGGGACAUGUUCACCCAUCAUACUCAUCAUAAUUGUUUAUCCCCCGUUAAAAAUGUCUCGUGGCGCGUCUAAGCGCCACUUUCACACAUAUUUCGCGCAAAACGAUCAAAUAAUUAAUUUAAAAAAACGUUUUGUCGCAAUGUUUUGUAAAAUUCUGAUUCCUUCAACAGAAAAAUAAAUAUAAUUAGAAAGGGAA